AUGGCGCAAUCGGUUCCACCGGGUGACAUCCACACUCAACCGAGUUCAAAAAUUGUCUUCAACGCCCCAUACGACGACAAACAUACCUACCACAUUAAGAUUACCAAUGCUGGUGGUCGUCGUAUUGGUUGGGCGAUCAAAACUACCAAUAUGCGCCGUUUAGGUGUAGAUCCACCGUGUGGUGUCCUGGACCCCAAGGAAAAUGUCCUCAUGGCGGUUUCAUGUGAUACGUUUGACGCAACAAGAGAGGACAUCAACAACGAUCGUAUCACCAUCGAAUGGACUAACACACCGGAUGGUGCCGCUAAACAAUUCCGUCGUGAAUGGUUCCAAGGUGAUGGUAUGGUUCGUCGUAAGAACCUUCCAAUCGAGUACAAUCUAUAA